GUCGUCAUCAUACGUGUUGUCGGUCAGCUGGUCAUUUACAUACUGCGGAAUGAUGUUAGUUUGUAUUUGUGUGGAUUUCACUGAGCACUCGUGGAAUUUAUGUGUGGUUACACAACAGAUGUUUGGAUGAUUAACGUACUUUGCAUUGUUAGAAAAAACUCACGUGCGUGUUGCAUAUACAGGAAGAGUGUUAACACAUCACAUGCUUUUAAAAAUCUAAUACGAAAUUUCUUUACUGAAACUGAGUGACUUCGGAUAAGGAAUGGCACUGUGUUUCUUGGAUCCUCAUGUCAUGUGAUUACGGGAAAUCGUCAUGGAGGAGCUGGAUCCAGAGGAGCUUUUCCUCAAGGAUGCCAGGAACGGGAACUUAGAAGGUAUCCAAAAGCUUUUGAUGUCCAAGAUAAAGGAAGAGGCCAAAAUCGACAUCAAUUGCAAAGGCAAAAGCAAAUCUAACCAUGGUUGGACGCCUCUCCAUCUCGCCUGUUAUUUUGGACACAAAGAUGUUGUCGAGGUGUUAUUGAAGGCUGGAGCCGAUGCAAAUUUGCCAAAUAACGUUGGAGACACCCCUCUCCACAAAGCGGCAUUCACUGGGAGAAAGGAGGUUGUAAUGCUUCUUCUUCGACACGACGCCUGUGCUUCUGUCAUCAAUGGCAAUGCAGAGAUUCCUAAAGACGUCACCCAGAGCGCUGAGAUCAGAAGCAUGUUGGAGGCUGCGGGAAGAACCGAGGAGAGGAAACUAGAGGAGCAGUUGCUAGAUGCCGCUCGGGAAGGAACCUUAACUACCCUCACCAGACUGUUAAAUAUGAAGAAACCCCCUAACAUAAACUGCAGAGAUCUGCUAGGCAACACACCGCUGCACUGCGCUGCUUACAGGGGACAGAAAGAGUGCGCCAUUAAACUUCUGCAGCUCCGGGCCGACCCUUAUAUCAAAAAUAAUAACGAUCAGACUGUCUUCGACUUGGCUAGCGAUGCAGAAUUGAAGCAGAUCAUUACGAGCAACAUUAUGAAAGACAUUACACGACGUGUCGAGACAUUUGAGGGAAGUCUUUACAAGAGUUCGAGGUUUUUUGGAUGGCGCUCACAUUGGGUGGUUCUUCAAGAUGGGGUUUUAUCAUGGUACCCCAAACAGUCAGAUGCUGAUUCAAAUACACGAAGGCAAGGUUGCAAACCCUUAACGCAAGCUCAGUGCAUGAUCAACGCAACAGAUAACUGCUAUUUCACAGUCAAAUGCUUUGACGACAGCAUUCACCAUUUUAAAGUUUCACCAAAGAAUGACCCUGAAGUCACCAGAAAGAAAUGGUUGGAGGCCAUAGAGAAACAUUCAGCCUUUAGCACACAUUACUGCUCACAGGACUCGGACAGCGAGGAAGAAGAGGAUCGCGGCGUGCCUUUGGGCGAACUGUCCGAAUCGCUGCAGCGGGCCGAGUCCAGUCAUCAAAAGCUGGAGACAGAGAUGUUGACUCUCUUGUCCAUGGUGAAAGAGGACGGACUUGCCGAACGGUUUCCUUCAGCAAUUGUUCAGAAGCUAAAAGAGGUGUGUGAAGCCUCCAAUGAAACCUGCUCCUCAUUGCAACAGUGUAUGGGGCUUUUUUCCAAACAGGAAGGGGCACGCAGUUUGAAACUGGAGCAUGAGGUGGAGAAGAAUGAAAUCCUGUCGGAGGCUUUGCAGACCCUAGCUACAGAACAUCACGAGUUGGAGCAGUCGCUGGUCAAAGGAUCAUCUCCACGCAACGCUCUCAGCGAAGACGAGUUUUAUGAUGCUCUGUCUGAUUCGGACUCGGAGCCUGUGGUGAGCGGAUUUGAGACGGCCGGUAACUCGUACGAAGAAGAGGAGGGCGUCAAGCACUACUGCAGCGUCCGAAGUCGUCUCGACGGCAGGAUGUCCCAGGAAGACCGCCGUGGUGGUGGUGGUGAGGAGGAAAAUGAUGAUGAUGAAGAGUCAAGGGUUAAUGGAAUGAGGAAACACAGGAGUAGUUUGCCAGCCCCCAUGUUUUCCAGAAAUGACUUCAGUAUCUGGAGCAUACUGAGGAAGUGCAUUGGGAUGGAGCUGUCUAAGAUCACCAUGCCCGUAAUUUUUAAUGAGCCACUGAGCUUUCUGCAGAGGCUUACCGAAUACAUGGAGCACACGUAUCUCAUUCACCAGGCUAAUGAAUCAAAUGAUUCUAUUGAGAGAAUGAAGAGUGUGGCAGCAUUUGCCGUCUCAGCCGUGGCGUCUCAGUGGGACAGGACAGGAAAACCCUUCAACCCACUGCUAGGAGAAACAUACGAGCUAGUAAGGGAUGAUCUUGAUUUUCGGUUGAUAUCAGAACAAGUGAGUCACCAUCCGCCUGUCAGUGCCUUCCACGCCGAGGGUUUGCAGAAGGAUUUCGUGUUUCACGGUUCGAUCUACCCCAAACUGAAGUUCUGGGGUAAGAGUGUGGAGGCGGAGCCAAAGGGCAUCAUCACUCUAGAACUUCCAAAGCAUAACGAGGCGUACACAUGGACGAACCCCACGUGUUGUGUCCACAACAUCAUCGUGGGACAGCUGUGGAUCGAACAGUAUGGAAAUGUGGAGGUCAUUAACCACAGGACCGGUGAAAAAUGCUGCUUAAAUUUCAAACCCUGUGGACUUUUUGGGAAAGAAUUGCACAAGGUUGAAGGUUACAUCUUGGACAAGAGCAAGAAGAAAGUUUGCGUCCUUUACGGGAAAUGGACGGAGUGCAUGUACAUAGUCGACCCGUCUGCCUUCGAAGCUCACAGGAAGAACGCUAAAAAGACGCCAGAGGAUAAAAAAAGCAGCAAACAGACAUCGGGUGAUGCUGAAGAAACGCCUCAACCGGGUGGAGAUUCAUUGGAGGUGAUACCAGGCAGUCAUUUACUGUGGAGAAUAGCACCACGACCAGCUAACUCCACCCAGAUGUACAACUUCACUACAUUCGCAAUGCAACUCAACGAGCUGGACAAAGAAAUAGAAGAUGUGAUUCCUAAAACAGACAGCAGAUUGAGACCAGACAUAAGAGCAAUGGAGAACGGAGACAUUGACUUGGCCAGCGAGGAGAAAAAGAGGCUGGAGGAGAAGCAGAGAGCCGCUCGUAAGAGUCGCUCAAAGUCAGAUGAAGAGUGGAAGUCAAGAAACGUCGCUUCUGGCCCCAGGUGGUUUCAUCAGGGUCCAAAUCCGCACAACGGCUCUCAGGACUGGCUGUUCUCCAACAACUACUGGGAUCGUGAAUAUUCCCAAUUACCGGACAUAUACUGACCCAAGUAACCCUGUAUUGUUUUAGCGAGACUAUGUGGUGGUUUGCCAGAUGAAAAGUAGCAAGUUGCAAAUUCACUGUAAUGUUUAUAGAGACUUUUCUUAAUUAUGCCAUGAAAAUAUUUAGUCUUUAAGGAUCCACAGAUUUAUAACAUAUUAAAAAGAAAAUCACGAGCUGGCCUUGAUAUACUAAAAUCAGUGUACCGUAUGGCAUAAAAGCUAUAAUGUGUAAUCUUCCCAAAGAGAAAAUGAUGCUAUAAAAGUAUGCACCUUAGGGUGUCCCACAGGGCUCGAUUAUUGGCCCUAUUCUUUUUCUGGUCAACUUUUAUUUGACAAGUUUUUAUUUCUAAGUUUGUAACAUUCCCAUUGUGUUGAGAGUGGAGUAUGGCAUAAAAAUAACAUUAUUGUUUAUAAAAUGACUGUUACAGGUUUGGAUUUGACCAUUUGUAAUGCAAAUUAAAAGCUCACAUUCUGCACAUGCAAAGUAUGCACAGUAUUAGGACAGAUGUAGAUUUUAUUUUUAUCGUUGUUCUUACUAAUAUAUUGACCAAUAUCUUGUUAAUUUAUUUUAUAAAAUAGCAAUAUUAUAUUCCAGUUAUGUAUUUACAUUGUAUUUGCCGUUUUAGUUGAUUUUAACAUGUGUUUUAAGUGGAUUAGAAGUGAAGUGUGUUCGUGUUCACACUCGAAACAAAACCAUAUCAAACGAAUCUGAUAAAGUUGGACAUUUUAGCAGCGUGAACUGCAAACAAAGUUAAAUUUGGAUUAUAGUCUUGCAUUUAUUUUGGUGUGUGCAGAUGUGUUGUUGUGCGUGCAUAUUUUUUUAGAGAUGCACUAUAAAAAUAAGCAGAAUAACUUUGUACAUACAAGGCAUUAAUGUUGUGUGUAUAUCACAUAUAAAAAAAUUGUGAAAUUAAA